GGCACUCCGCAUCCAGCGCCGAGCAGCCUGGCCGGGUCCCGGAGCGGAGGGACGGGCUCGGGGGGUGCCCCGGACAAGCCAGGGGUCGGGGUUUGCUACGCGUCUGGGUAGAGGAUUUAUUGUAAUCGAGUUAAUAUAAGGGGCGAUCAAGGAAUUCGAUUUCCAAGUGUGGACAGGAGGCGCCGGGGUUGCCCCCCACCUCUGGGAGCACCCAGGCGGGUUUUUAUUCUUUUUCUGAAAACCAGAGAGGGCGGGGGGGGAUCUUCCCCCCACCAGAUCUUGACCUGUUUGCACCAGCAUCAUGACGGAGCUAACCGAAAAGGAGAAUGACCCCCAAAACCCAGAUGGCCAGCGGUCCCCGGGCCCCAUCUCCAGCCUCCACGAAACGAAGAUGCAGAGGCUCAAGCGCUCUCUGUCCCUCAAGACCAUCCUGCGUAGCAAGAGCGUGGAGAACUUCUUCCUGCGAUCCAACAGCGAGCUCAAACUCCCCUGCGAGGUGCUGCUCAGCCCCCCAACGCCCUUGCCACCCCCAUCUCCCCCACCGAUGCCCACCGAGGCCGUCCUGCCCCGGGCCGAGCACUCGCCCAUCGCCUGCCAUCGGGCUCUGGUGCCCCUCAAGCCCAUGCGAACGCACAGCUUCCAGGAGCACGUCUUCAGGAAGCACAGCCCGUGUGAGAUGUGCCACCAGCUCAUCGUAGGCAAUUCGAAGCAAGGCCUGCGGUGUAAAACGUGCAAGGUUAGUGUGCACCUGUGGUGCUCGGAGGAGGUCUCGCACCAGCAGUGUCCUGGCAAGACGGCCACCUCCUUCCGGCGCAACUUCAGCUCCCCCCUCCUGGUGCAGGACCAUCAGCAGGGCAGCUCCAAGGAGUCACCCCCUGCAGGCCCCAGCGGGAGGGUGGAUCCCAUCUACGAGACACUGCGCUACGGCACCUCGCUGGCCCACCUGAACCGAUCCAGCUUCAGCAGCACCUCGGAGUCACCCACCAGGAGCCUGGUAUCUGCCCAUGCGAUGCAAACGACCUGCCAUUGCAACCGGAGACAGGAUCUUGCUGGGUCGAUUGACCUCAAUGAAGACUGGUGGAAGGGCAAGAUCGGCGACCGGGUGGGCUUUCUUCCCGCCAACUUUGUGCAGAGAGUGCUGCCUGGGUGAGAGCUGUCUGGAGGUGCUUGCCGGCCCUUCUAUGGCAACGAGGAGCAGGGACAGAUGAGCCUCAAGGAGAGCCAGAUCUGCGUUGGCGUGGGGAAAAGCAAGGAGAAUGAGGGCUUCCUCAAGGUGACCAGUGGCAAGAAACGAGGCCUGGUGCCCGCCGAUGCCCUGACAGAGAUGAUCUGAAGGGAGCAAUUGAGUCGUCUGACCCUCUUUCUCCCAGCAAUGGGGACGGGGCCUCUGUAGCCCACCCUAGCCCAGCACUCACUAGCCUGCCCCUCACCACUUCCCUGUGCUAGGAGCACCUUGGCUAAUAUAGUUUCUGCACUAGACUCAGAGGGGUUUCUUCUGAGGGUGACUACUCCCAGGCUGACACCAAUGCCAUCCUCUCUGCCAUCUUGUUGACCAGCAGAGGGCAGAAGCAGAUGGCGGAUUAAUUCCCACCCUCCUGUCUAGGCUGAGCCUGCCUGAUCCUUCCCCCUCCGGCUUUGUUUUUGUAGCAGGGGUGAUGGAUUCCCCAACAGCAUGUGUGUCAAUAGCCCCGCAGUGCAGCAAGUGGCAGGAGAUUCCCCUAGCUGCAUCUAACCUUUCGCCCUAUCCCUGUCUCCGUCUUUUCCCUGGUGGGCAGCACUCACCGGACUGAGCCAUGAGCCGGCUGCAGGAGGACAACUCCAGAUCCAGCUGGCCGGGAUGCCGCAGGGAGAGGGCCUCAAUCGCUCAUAGUGCCCCCCGGCUCCCAGUAGGAGGACACUGCUGCCCACGCCGUCCCGCAUGCAUAGAAUGUGUGGAAAUCCAAAGGCUCCUAGCUGGCCUUGUGGUUUGGAGGAGCAUGUGGACUGUGUGUAGCGUGUCUGUCUGUCUGUGCACGUCUCUGUGUGUUAGUUUAAUUGUGGGACCUCUUGGAAACCAUGUGAGUUUGUCCUUUAACCACUCAGGGCUGGAAUCGUCCGUGUCAAAGCAAAGGGGCAAGCCUGUGUUUCUGUGGGACCGAAGGGGAGUGCAGAGGGGGGGCUUUCUCAUGAUUCAGCUCUGCCUCCCUGGAGGUUUCUUCGGCACUGGUGGCUCCUCCAUGGACUCAUUUACCAGACCUCAGGAAUCUUCAGCCAGAUCCACAGGAGACUCAAAGUGCGAGAGACUCAUCCCUCUGUCCAGGGCGUUCCCUGCCCAUCCAGGGUCCUUGCCGGCUCCUCCUCCCUCCCCCAUGGGCUUUGCCAUCCCUGCCCCUUGGCGGGCUGGGAACACCAUCACCCAUUUCCCUGGACCAAUGCCAGCCUCCGUCUCUGCUCUGCACUCCCCCCUUUAGUGCAGCCCCCCACCCUUGGAUCAUCUCUGCAGCCCCCUCCCCAUGGCUGCGGUUCAGGUGGGUCAACAGCCCGGCCUCACACUCCCCCUGGCUCUGUCUGGUUGUCAUUGGACCACCGAGGUGGGGCGUUACAGAGCACGGGCAUGGGGCAAAGCUUGUCUCCUGGGCGGGGUGAUCCCUUCGCCAACUUGGGGCCACUCAGCGCUAGAUUGCUGGGGAAGGGUUCCCAGGCACCGACUCCAGGCAGAUCCCUGGGAUUCCGUCCCUCCUGGCACCCUGCGAGGUCACCUCAGCAAGGUCCCCCUGGCACCAGCCACGACCCCCACCCCCAAUGUGCACACACAAUCACUGCAGCCUGACGGGAGGAAUUGGGGCAAAGCGGCCCCACUCCAGAAUCAACUCUAAGCAAUAAUGUCAGGUGCUGGUUUGGACCCAGCGGCGCGGUGUAUCACCUGGACAUAGAGGAUGCAUGAGAGCUCAGCCAGCGGCCUGGCCCACCUUGUUCCACAUUAAAUG